AGUUUGUAUCGGAUUGUGUUGUUGCAAAUAAUAAGAGAAAUUUUAAAUGCUAGGUGAUCAUUUAUUUUAUUUAGUUUGAUAUUUUGACCAUUGUUUAGACGAAAGUUCUGUGUAACAGUGGUAAACUUGAACGUAUGUUCCUCAACUGCCAUACUGUGCAAAAUCCAUCAUGGCAGGUUUCUGGUUACGUCAAUUGGGAACAAGAUUCAGGCAGUGUAUUUGCUGUUCUUAAAAUAUCAAGAAAAGAAGAUAGCAUGUAAGUCGUGCUUGUAAGAUCUUGUAACAGUGAUGUGCUUUUGUGAGAAUCCGAGUGAACUGUGCAUGAUUUAUAGUGCAUGCACUUAGGGUGAAGGUGAGGGUUAUGCAAGCGACAGAUGUCACUUGUGGUAUAAAGUGAGGGUAUGCGAGACUCGUGCUUCAGUCUCUAGUUGGAACAAGAGGCGGUAAUAAUGAACUUGCAUUCUGCGGAGCAUGGUCCAAUGAGACUGCAUAUGACCAUCGAAGAGAAUGAUUUAAUUAACGGUUCCUUAACAGUUCUUGCAGCUAUACGCCCGGCUUGGAGUAAGGAUAAAAUAAAGUUUAAGAUCUUCACUGAUGGAAUCACUAAUAAAUUAGUUGGCUGCUUCUAUGCUGAAGAUCCAGAUGAUGUCAUCCUAGUCAGAGUAUAUGGAAAGAAAACUGAUCUAUUAAUCGACCGGAAUGCAGAGACACGGAAUAUACAGAUAUUGCAUACUUAUGGUUAUGCUCCUAAUUUGUAUGCAACGUUCAAAAACGGUUUGGCCUAUGAAUAUGUACCUGGAGAUAUCUUGACAGUGGACACCUGUCGAGAUAUUAAAGUGUAUCCACUUGUUGCAUGUAUGAUGGCAAAGAUGCAUCAUGUGGAUUGUGGACCUACUAUUUCUAAGGAACCUUGCAUGUGGACCAAAACUCGCCAGUUCAUGAGCAUAAUGCCUAAUCAUUUCACAAAUGCAGAAAAACAAACAAGAUUUGAACAGUUAAUACCAACAAAACAAGAAUUGGAAUCAGAAUAUGAAAUAUUAAAGAAUGAGUUAAUCAAUUUGGGAAGCCCAAUUGUGCUUAGCCACAAUGAUUUGUUGCUUGGAAAUGUGAUUUAUAAUCCAAAGAAAAAUAAUGUGACAUUCAUAGAUUAUGAAUAUGCCAAUUAUAACUACCAAGCAUUUGACAUUGGUAAUCAUUUUGCUGAGUUCGCUGGUGUAUCUGAUGUCGAUUAUUCAAGAUAUCCAUCUGAAGAAUUCCAACGCGAGUGGCUGAAAGUGUAUCUUGAAGAGUAUCGUAAUUCACAAAACGUAUCUAAUGACUGCUGCCACGAAACAUCAGAACAUGAUAUAGAUGUGCUGUAUGUUAAUAAAUUUUCACUAAUGGCUCACUUUUUUUGGGCAAUAUGGGCUCUCAUUCAAGCAGAACAUUCUACAAUUGAUUUUGAUUUUCUGGGAAAAGCAUUUCAUUGUACCAUAAUAAAGAAAUAA